UGUUAAUUCACCACUUUGACUUCGCUCGACGCUUUACACUAGGAUUUACACAGCGGUAUAAACAAGUGUAGACCUCAGCAGCCAAGAAUAUGGAAACAGAGAAAUCCCUUCAUCUCAACGGACUUCACAAGACAGAAAAUAAAGUCAGACGACGAACUUCCUUAGUCUCUGUGCAAACUUUUCUACAACAAAAUGCAUUUGUUAUCCUGACAGUAGCGGCAGUCUUUGCUGGAGUUAUACUUGGCUAUAUGUUGCGAUCCUGGUCUCCAAAAGAUGUUCAGAGUCAAGACAUGAUCUCAUUCCCUGGAGAGAUUCUCAUGAGGAUGUUGCAGAUGCUGGUGUUGCCUUUGAUAGUGUCGAGCCUUAUCACAGGAAUCUCCUCACUGGACAAUAAUGCCGGCAGGAUGGGACUGCAGGCGCUCACAUAUUACAUGCUGACCACCCUCAUAGCUGUCUUCACUGGCAUCGUUUUGGUGCUGACGCUCCAGCCAGGGAAAAGAGGCAGCGCAGGUCAGACGCCCCCUGGUGGUGGAAGCUAUAAUAAGUCUGUGCAGGCCACAGACGCAUUUCUGGAUCUCAUCAGAAAUAUGUUCCCAUCCAAUAUUCUGGAGGCUUGCUUCAAACAGUACAAAACUAGUUAUAAGACCACCAGUGCCGGGUUGGUGCCCACGCCAGGCUCCAGCAGUGGGGUCAACGCUCUGGGCCUGGUGGUGUUCUCCAUAGCCUUCGGCGCUGUGCUGGGCAGGAUGGGGGAGCAGGGCCGGCCACUGCGCAAGUUCUUCCACUGCCUGAAUGAUGCCAUCAUGCAACUGGUGGGCAUUGUGAUCUGGUAUGCUCCUGUGGGCAUUUUGUUCCUGAUCGCCGGAAAGAUCCGUGAGAUGGAGGACCUGGGGCAGAUGGGCAGUCAGCUGCUGUGGUAUAUGCUCUGUGUGGUCCUCGGCCUCCUGAUCCACAGCCUGCUGCUGCUGCCUCUGCUCUACUUCCUGGCCACCUGGAAGAACCCUUACCUGUUCAUAGCAGGUCUGCUGCAGGCGCUGCUCACUGCCCUGGGCACGUCGUCCAGUUCUGCCUCUCUCCCCAUCACCUUUCGGUGCCUGGAGGAGAACAACGGGGUGGACAAGCGCGUGAGCCGCUUCAUGCUUCCUGUCGGGGCCACGGUGAACAUGGACGGCACAGCUCUGUACGAGGCCGUGGCCGCCAUCUUCAUCGCACAGGUGGCUGACAUAGAGCUCACCUUUGUGCAAGUCAUCACCAUAAGCGUCACUGCAACAGCAGCCAGUAUCGGUGCAGCAGGUAUACCCCAGGCUGGCCUUGUAACCAUGGUGAUAGUGCUGACGUCAGUCAAUCUGCCCACAGAACUCAUCUCAGUCAUCAUUGCUGUUGAUUGGCUGCUGGACCGUCUGAGGACCGUGACCAAUGUGUUGGGUGAUUCCCUGGGUGUUGGCAUUGUGUCGCAUCUGUCUCGUAAGGAGCUGCAGAGCCGGGACAACACCACUGCCAACCACUGUGACGCAGAGGGGGGCGGGAUGUCUGGCCCGUUUGAGAACAGAGCAGCGGUGCACACAGGUCACAGCAGAGAGUCUUCUGUUUAACGACACAGACCUUGUAUGUACUUCUUAGCACUUUACUUGAAGCAGCAACUGUUGUGUUCUCUAAAGUGUGAUGAGCUCUGUCAUUAGGAUUUGCAAAUGUUUUUUUUUUCCCUAAUACCAAAGCGUUUAAUUUAUUUUCAAAUUGGUAGAAAGUGUUCAUACUAAUUCCCUGCUUGAGUGUCAAGCUUUAUUCGGCUGCAAGAUUUUGUAAAUGUAUUCAUUGUGUGUAAAUAUGUUGCAGCCAUGAAAUGUCUUUUGAAUGUUGGAUGUACAGUAUUUUCUAAUUUGUUUGUAUGUAUGAUAUUGUGUUACAACAAAUGUUAUACACUCUUUUUGUCAUUUCAAAAUUUAUUAAAGCUUUAUAAUAGUUCACAA